UCAGACAGUGUCUCCAUGCUGACCCUCCACUGUUCAUGUUAAACACGGUGAGGUGAUUCCUGCAGUGUGUCAUGUGUAGUUUUCUCUGCGGGUGAAUCCAGAGCAGUUCAGAUGAACACGGAUCUCUCUGCAGCCCGGUGCGUUGUCUACCAUGGAUCUGCUUUUCAUCAUAACGUAGAAGACUCGCGAUUUAUUUGGGCGACAAAAAAUAAACAGCUGGGACAUGGACUGUCACGGGACGGAUGUGAGCAAGCUGUCCGAUGAGGAGCUGCUGCUGCUGGGGAAGGAGGAUGUGAUCCGGAGGAUGAGGAGGCUGGAGAGCCGCAACAUGGACCUGAUGCUGGAACACGCGGACAUGAUGAAGGACGUGAACCGGAGCCUGCAGGUCCAUCUCCAUGAGAUCCGGAGUCUGAAAGACGUCAACCAGAAACUUCAGCACGAUAACCUGGAGCUCCGGGAGCUGUGCUGCUUCCUGGACGACGACCGGCAGAAAGGGAAGAAGGUAUCCCGGGAGUGGCAGCGGUUCGGCCGCUACACGGCCAGCGUCCUGUGGAAAGACGUCGGACUGUACCAGCAAAAGCUUCAGGAGCUGGAGGCCGGUCAGGAGGCGCUGAGGAUGGAGAACAUGGAGCUGAAGGAGAUCGUCCUCAUGCUGGAUGAGGAGAGGAGGGGAGCCGGCUCCCGGAGCUCCAUCGACAGCCAGUCCAGCCUCAGCAACCUGAAUGGUUCGGUGUCGGUUCGGGACAACGGGGAUGGUAGUAGCACGUCCAGUACUGGGAGCAUCGGUAGUCCGGACCACCACCCCCACAACCACCUGCAUAAAGCCCCCGAAGCGAAGACAGCAUCUCUGAGAAGGUCUAUGGACGACCUGUCCGCCGCUUACCUCCACAGAGGCACCGGGCUCCAUGAUGUAUCCGUGGGUUACAUCACACAGCUGGAGAACAAGGUGAGGAUGCUGGAGGAUGAAAACAAGCUGCUGCUGUCACAGGGUGCUGCUCGGACCCCCUCACCCACAGAGUUCUACAUCCCCCCAGGGCAGAAACCAGAGGCAAUAGUCCACGCAAUGAAGGUGUUGCAGGUCCAUGAAAAGCUUGACAGACAGUGUCCACAAGAAUAUGAUGAAGAUCUCAGUGAAAAAGAGAAGGCCAUUGUCAGAGAGAUGUGCAAUGUUGUUUGGAGAAAGCUGGGCGAUGCCACCGGCUCCAAGCCGUCCGUCAGACAGCAGCUUUCAGGAAACCAGUUCAAAGGUACAGUUGUCGGACACCAAGUGAAGCCACCAGACAUCCCAGCAGUCCAACAAUCCUAGUUUGGACUGGAAGCUUUUCAACCAUGUAUUUUCUUUGUUGGCUGAUGAAUUACAGCCACCUCAGUCUGAACUAAACUGAGUUUUAAUGGAUGUAUGUCUUACUUCUACCUGGAUGUGGUACCAACUGUGGAAGACCAUGGCUGUACAAAAACAGCCACUCUUGAGGAUGUGUGUCUGAGACACAGAUUGUAUGAAACAUUUUCAAACGCUGGGUUUGGGUUUACCUGCCAUCAUCUUAGAAGCAGAAGGUCUGAACAUGGGAUAUGUGGGCAAAGCCUGAUUGGAGCUACAACACAAGACGCAGUCACCAUGGCUGAAUGGGAAUGGCUGGGGCUACAUCCACAUUACUACGUUUUCGUUUGAAAACACAUCAAUCCUGCGACAGAUACGCCCGGCAUCCACACUACUACUACACCACGCCGCUUAAACAGAGAAGUUUGUAAAUGCUUUAGUUUUUGGUUUGAAAACACGGGGGCAGCAUUUUAGUCUGAACUGGCACAAACAGAGAUGUUUGGAAACUAUGAAGUAGACACACACAACUUCUGGCUGAUUGGGUCUUUUUGGUCACAAUGUUACUUGACUCGUCAGGCUCCUUUCACAUGACCCUCUUCUGGACGAAAACCAGUGUAGAACACAACAUGGAUAAUCAAUUAUAAGCACUUGCUGACCAAUUGCUGACCCUGUUGUCUUUGCUUACAACUGUUGUGCAGUUAGAUUCAGCAUUCUACAAUGAUACAACUGAUUAUAUGUGGAGGAGACAAGCUGUUUUUCGAGCGGUCUGGGACAAUUCCCAUGUCCAGAGGGAGCACAUGCACAGUGUACAUGAGCGGUCACGUAAUAUAUGUUUUCACAAAUGUUUGUAUGCAAGGGGAUUCAAGUUUAAAUGGAGCAUAAUCGUUUGUGUGGACAGAGACUGUUUGGUGUUUUCAAAUAAAAACAAAAACAACCUGUCAAUCAAAUCAACACUACCAGAAUCCUUCCCUUUAAGCCUUAAUAUUUCCAAAAUAUUUCGAAAAAACUCUGUAUUUCAAGAUGCUUUUCAAACUGGUCAAAGUGUCCCUGAGAAGAAGCAGCUGAACUUCUGCUUUGUUUUCCUGAUUCAGCUCUGCCACCUGCUGUCAGAGAGACGAGACCAAACAGCAGCUUAUUGUCCUGGUAGUGAACAUGACUGUCUCUGCAGGAGCCUCUGUUUGUUUCUGUUUGUUUCUCCAUAAAGAAAAGGAAGACAUAUAUUUAAACAGUUCAUGAGGUUUUCUCUGAUUGAUAUUUCCUUUCAUUUGUCUGAUUAACCCGGGCUUCCCUCAAAACUGUCAUUUCAUUUCCUGGACAUUACAUGACCUUUGUCGUUGUUGUAAAUGCACAGUAAGAAUGGAAAAAGGCUAUGAAGGUCUGAAGGUCUAAAUUUGUGCAGAACCUUAAUAAUGUGCACACAGGAUAAUUACCUUGUGUGUGCACAAGAUUAAAAAAAUCAUAAUUCAGAAAGGAUCUCUGUAGAUUGGCCUGUUUAGGGAUUCAAGUUAUCUUAGAACAAAAACGAACAGAAUCUCUUUUGAAGCUGAUACUUUAACUGUAGAGUUACAUGUGCAUGCACUAACACUACUGUCUCUGAUUUCUGAAACUUCUGUACUUAGCCUAAAUGUAAAAGACAGUUCUUAUAUAGAAAGCUUAUAUUUUCUUUUGUUAUAUAUUCUGAAGAGUUGCUGUUGGUCUCACUGUCGUUGAUGUUAGCAGCAGCUUUAAAACACAGGACACACACUGUGCACACAGAGCUAAAACUGCUACCAUGUCUUUCCAUGAUCAGUUUACUAUUACUCUCUGACUUGUAACUUGUAACAUGUAAUUGUGCUGUGUCACCCACAAAAAGACUGAUCAACUAACUUCACAUCUGUCUUUCAUUCAGAGACAUGUUUAGUGUAACACAGUACAAACAUUGGAAGCACAGUCAUUCUCUAUCAUAAUAAAAAGCUCUAACGCUGUCUGAUUUACAUGGUGUUAGCUAUGAGCUAGCCACAGAUGCACCACCAAUUACUGUCAACAAGUAAAGAGAGUAGUAUUUGUGACUAGACAAUUUGAAUAGGCUGCACAGUAUAAACAGGGCAGCUUGCAAAUAUUGAAAUGCAAACAUUGAAAGGUAAAUUUUAAAUUUCCAAUGCUACCAGUCUUUCUGCUAAGCCUCAUGCAUCUUGUGCUGUGCUGUACUGUACCUGAGCCACAGUGAUUCAAAUCUAUUCUCUCUUCUUGUGGGUGAACCAUGUUUCCCAACGGCUUUUCUUUAACAACAUCAGUAACUCAUGCUCAGAUGUGCACAAAUACAUUUUCUGUUUAAAUAAGUUUCACACAACCAUCGCUGGUGUAAGAUAAGGCCCUUUGACUGAAAUGUUCCUCCAUGAUGGUAUAUUUUAGAGAAAGACCCGAAGAAGCUGUUUAUCAAAACAUAUUUCCUAUAGGUUACUAUUGUGUAGCAUUCCUUUAUAUUUUUGAGAAAGGUGUAUGUAGCUAGAAAUGUAUUUUAGCAGUAUAUGAUAAUGAUAUGAGAAUGUUUUAGAUGGUUUUGAAAUAAAAAUUUAAUAUUCUUUCUUUAUAAA